AUUUUUCCCAAUGACUGCAUAGUUGGUCCUGGUGGGGAUCCGUAGUUGGUGGAAUAGCAUUGUGAAGAAGAAUGUUGAAGAGGAGGACUCAGUGUUAAACAAACUUCGAAUCGUGUCAUUUGCUUGUCCUGGCAGGAAACUUAGUAAAGGAUCAUGGGUAACACAGGCGACCGGAUGUCCGGAGACCGCCAUGGUGCCAAGGCCCAUCGCUCUGACAGCAGAGACAAAGACCAUGAGCCCAGCAAGAUGGUGGACAGCACUGAUGACCCUAACAUCUUCAACACACACGGUCUGGGGUCCUCCAAGGUGUCGGACAAGGAGGAGCCCGACCUGGAUGACCUGGUGAAGACUGGGCCUCAGUCCAGGCCCACGGUCAUCCGCUGGGCCGGAGGAGGGAAGGAGGUCUACAUCGCUGGCUCCUUUAACAACUGGGGCAACAAGAUCCACCUCAAUAAGAGCCACAAUGACUUUGUAGCGAUCCUGGACUUGCCAGAGGGAGAGCACCAGUACAAGUUCUUUGUGGACGGACAGUGGGUCCAUGACCCCUCAGAGCCAGUGGUGACCAGCCAAUUAGGCACCAUCAACAACCUGAUCGAGGUGAAGCAGUCAGACUUUGAGGUGUUUGAUGCUCUGCAUGUGGACUCUCUGGAGUCUACUGACACCUCAGACCUGUCCAGCUCCCCUCCAGGUCCCUAUGGACAGGAGCAGUACAUGUUCAGGCCUGAGGAACGCUCCAAAGCCCCGCCCAUCCUCCCCCCACACCUCCUCCAGGUCAUCCUCAACAAGGACACUAACAUCUCUUGCGACCCAGCCUUGCUGCCUGAACCCAACCAUGUGAUGCUCAACCAUCUGUAUGCACUCUCAAUAAAGGAUGGAGUGAUGGUGCUCAGUGCGACUCACAGGUAUAAGAAGAAGUACGUCACAUCUCUGCUCUACAAGCCCAUCUAACCCGUGUGUGUAGGUGCACAGUGCUAUAGAGGGCAGCAUGUUAAUACUGUGCUGGGUUUAACCAUGACAUGUAGUUGAGAUUGGACUAAACUAACAGUUUACAAAAGAGCUGGGGGCCUGUGGCUGAGACUGGGGGGCAAAUCUCAAGACACCCUUUUCCCUGUAGAGUGCACAUCACACUUUAGCGCUCAGCAAAUGGGUUCAAAGUAGUGCACUCAAUGUGGAAUAGGGUGUCAUUUGAGCUUCAGCCUGUGACUCCACAAGAAGUCCACAAGGAGAAAUACUGUAAGUGAACUGUGGCGUUUUCCCAUAAUGCACCCACAGUUGAAUAGCGAUAAGGGACUGAAAGAAACCACUGUGUGUGCAGCACUUAGGCUGCGUUUACACAGGCAUCCCAAUUCUGAUCUUUUUUUCCACUAAUUGGUCUUUUGAUCAAUCACAUCAGAUCUUUUCACAUCAGAUCUUUUUCAGAGCUGAUCUGAUUGGUCAAAAGACCAAUUAGUGGAAAAAAUAUUAGAAUUGGGCUGCCUGUGUAAACGCAGCCUUAGAUUCUUUGUGGGUGCGUAGAAAUAACAUUUGGUUCCAUUAAAAACAUAAGGGUUUGAAGACAAGUCUGCAGAUGGGACUUUCAAACACAUAUAAUCAACAUGACAUUUUAUUAAAUUAGCUUUUGAAAGGUUAUGUACACGGAAAGAGGGCAGUUGAAUGUUUCUGGCUUGGAUUUAGUGUCAAACGCUCCCAUUCUUUCUCCAUAUUUUUACUGUAAUUGGACAGUGACUAGACUAAAUGGAGGAUUCUGCAGGGUCUUCCUUGUCAUUACUGUAAUUGGACAGUGACUAGACUAAAUGGAGGAUUCUGCAGGGUCUUCCUUGUCAUUACUGUAAUUGGACAGUGACUAGACUAAAUGGAGGAUUCUGCAGUGUCUUCCUUGUCAUUACUGUAAUUGGACAGUGACUAGACUAAAUGGAGGAUUCUGCAGGGUCUUCCUUGUCAUUACUGUAAUUGGACAGUGACUAGACUAAAUGGAGGAUUCUGCAGGGUCUUCCUUGUCAUUACUGUAAUUGGACAGUGACUAGGCUAAAUGGAGGAUUCUGCAGGGUCUUCCUUGUCAUUACUGUAAUUGGACAGUGACUAGGCUAAAUGGAGGAUUCUGCAGGGUCUUCCUUGUCAUUACUGUAAUUGGACAGUGACUAGACUAAAUGGAGGAUUCUGCAGGGUCUUCCUUGUCAUUACUGUAAUUGGACAGUGACUAGACUAAAUGGAGGAUUCUGCAGGGUCUUCCUUGUUAUUACUGUAAUUGGACAGUGACUAGACUAAAUGGAGGAUUCUGCAGGGUCUUCCUUGUCAUUACUGUAAUUGGACAGUGACUAGGCUAAAUGGAGGAUUCUGCAGGGUCUUCCUUGUCAUUAUUGUAAUUGGACAGUGACUAGACUAAAUGGAGGAUUCUGCAGGGUCUUCCUUGUCAUUACUGUAAUUGGACAGUGACUAGACUAAAUGGAGGAUUCUGCAGGGUCUUCCUUGUCAUUACUGUAAUUGGACAGUGACUAGACUAAAUGGAGGAUUCUGCAGGGUCUUCCUUGUCAUUAUUGUAAUUGGACAGUGACUAGACUAAAUGGAGGAUUCUGCAGGGUCUUCCUUGUCAUUAUUGUAAUUGGACAGUGACUAGACUAAAUGGAGGAUUCUGCAGGGUCUUCCUUGUCAUUACUGUAAUUGGACAGUGACUAGACUAAAUGGAGGAUUCUGCAGGGUCUUCCUUGUCAUUAUUGUAAUUGGACAGUGACUAGACUAAAUGGAGGAUUCUGCAGGGUCUUCCUUGUCAUUAUUGUAAUUGGACAGUGACUAGACUAAAUGGAGGAUUCUGCAGGGUCUUCCUUGUCAUUACUGUAAUUGGACAGUGACUAGACUAAAUGGAGGAUUCUGCAGGGUCUUCCUUGUUAUUACUGUAAUUGGACAGUGACUAGACUAAAUGGAGGAUUCUGCAGGGUCUUCCUUGUUAUUACUGUAAUUGGACAGUGACUAGACUAAAUGGAGGAUUCUGCAGGGUCUUCCUUGUUAUUACUGUAAUUGGACAGUGACUAGACUAAAUGGAGGAUUCUGCAGGGUCUUCCUUGUUAUUACUGUAAUUGGACAGUGACUAGACUAAAUGGAGGUUCCUGCAGGAUCUUCCUUGUUUGAUUCCAAAGGGACGAUGACCACUAAUGAAAUCAGGAUAUACAAUUGGAUAGGAUGUGUACAUUUAACUGAACUGAAGUAUAACAAACUAUGGGUAUUAAAUGGUAUAUCCCAUUUAAUCACUUUAAACUAAAGGCCUCAUAUUACAUAUCAAAUAGGAGUUGUGAAAUGUUGGCCUGUGUCUGUAGAUCUCUGCUUAGUUCUGCUAUUGCCUUCAUGAAAGGAUGCUGCAAGCACUUUAGCUACACGUGUGUCUCCAACAAAUGCUUUGAGCAGGACGGUUGACAUAAACCUUUAACUAUGCAGAUACAUGGACACAUCUUGUAGCUUUACAUUGGACCUCAGCGUCCAGUCUGCAUUUUAGAGAAAUGGCUGUUCUGUGGGGAUUUCUUUCUUUCUUUUUUCGUUCUAUUUUCUAUUUAUCCAAUAGAAAUCGAUGUAUCUGUUACAUUUUCUGUAUUUAUAGCAAAGAAACAAACAAAUAAUGGUUUGUCUUGAAUGUCGUGCAUGAUUUGAAUGUCUGAUACGAAGUUUACUGUGGAAUGUGUGGUGGAUUUCACAACUGUGAUUCUAUCAAGAUUAAAUAUUUGUGGCAAAUUGCCAAUAUUGAUUUCAUAAGAAUGUUAAAAAGUGUAAUUUACUUUCAUCAAUAAUGUUAAAUUAUGUUAAACUACUCAGAUUUGACCAUAAAUGUAUUUAAUAUUUAUAAUUUUGAGAGAGUAUUGUACCUAUUGCUUGUGAUACUUCAAAACAAUAAUCAAUGUGGGCUGAUAUCUGUAGGUGAUAUAUUCCAAAGAGAAGAUAAUAUAUAAUUACAUAUUUUAUUUGAAGAAACUGAGAAAAAGCAAUAUCUCGCUCUGUUUGAGAAUAUAGGAUAUUCUGGUGCUUUAUUAGGCAAAAAACAAAACUUGAAUUUUAAAACUGUUAGCUACCAUGUUUGUUUUUGAAAAUACUUUGCAGCAUCACUGUGUAAGCCAGGUACUAUAGACGGUUGUUUCACUUGUUUGCAAAUAAAAAGGGAAGACGUGUUGACCCUGAAUAUCA